UGCACACUUCUGAAGACUGACUGCAAGAAGAGCAGAAAAUAGCCAAAUUCAUUAAACCUGAGUAUGUUACCACUGCAAAGCAUUUAAGUCCCUGUGCUCAAAGUCUGUGCUUUCAUGCAAUGGAGGAGAUGAAGCUAGUUGGAGAGAAUUAAAGCUGUCAAGGCAACAAGGUAAAUGGCCUUGCAAGCAGCAGGCUGAAUGGGUACAGAUGGUGCAAGGCUGGAGAACCUGGUUGCUUAGACCUGGGUUUCAGGCAUGAGGAUGAAGAGGAAAGCAGGUAACACAGAGACACUGGACUAGUCAGGACAUGUGUCAAAUAGUGAUACCCAAUCAAGUACCUGAGUGAUGUGUAGGAUUGCAGAAGAUAGUUUUUGAUGAGAAGCAUACAUGGGUUUAAGAGACUGCAAUCUGUUACAGCUGCAGGAAAUUAGCCAUGGACAGUCUUUAGGAAGGUGUCAAGAAAGACAAUGGUUUUCAUCUGGAAAAGAGAAAAGACAUGCUGAUAAUGACUUGGUUGUCAAUGGGAUAGAAAUCUAUAGCAUGAAAAUUGACAGUAAAAUCACUUCCAGGUUUGCUCACAAUGUCAUCACCAGUAGAGCUGUCAAUCGUGGAAAUGUGCACAAAGAAGUCUUCUUCGAUGUUGAACUCCCUAAGACAGCCUUCAUUACCAACUUCAGCAUGACAAUCGAUGGUGUCACUUAUCCUGGAAUUAUAAAGGAAAAAGAAGUUGCAAAAAAGCAGUAUGAGAAGGCUGUUUCAAAGGGACAGACUGCUGGUCUUGUCAAAGCUUCAGGAAGAAAGACAGAAAAAUUCACUGUCUCAGUCAAUGUUGCAGCAGCAAGUAAAGUGACUUUUGAACUCACCUAUGAGGAGCUGCUAAAGCGACAGUUUGAAAAGUAUGAGAUGCUCAUCAAAGUAAAACCAAAGCAGCUUGUCAAAGAUUUUGGGAUUGAAGUAGAUAUCUUUGAGCCUCAGGGUAUUACUGAGCUGGAAGCAGAAGGAACAUUCAUCACCAAUGAUCUACAAAAUAUCAUUAAAAAAACUUUUUCAGGGAAAAAGGGGCACAUCUCUUUCAACCCAACUCUUGAUCAGCAGCGAACCUGUGCAAAUUGCUCACAAUCUGUCUUGGAUGGAGAUUUUACUGUAAAGUAUGAUGUGAAGAGAACAACUCCAAAUAAUUUGCAGAUUGUCAAUGGCUACUUUGUACACUUCUUUGCACCAACAAAUCUUCAAAAGUUGCCCAAGAAUAUUAUUUUUGUAAUAGAUAUUAGUGGCUCAAUGUCUGGAAGAGAAAUAGAACAGACAAGAGAAGCACUUCUAAAAAUCUUAGAUGACAUUAAAGAAGAGGACUUCUUCAAUUUCAUACUGUUUGGUAGUGAAGUACACACCUGGAGAGAUGCAUUAAUCAAGGCCACUCCGGAGAAUUUGGAUGAAGCAAGGAAGUUUGUUCGGGACAUUGACGCUAGAGGCGCGACAAAUUUACAUGGUGGUCUAAUGAGGGGGAUUGAUAUGCUGAAUACUGCUCAUGAACAAAACAUUGUGCCCAAGAGAAGCGCUUCUAUAAUUAUCAUGCUAACAGAUGGUCAGCCAAACGUAGGUGUAUCAAAUACUGAGGACAUUCAGGCACAUGUGAAAAAAGCCAUCGAAGGAAGAUAUCCCUUAUACAAUCUUGGGUUUGGCUAUGGUGUUGACUACAACUUCCUGGAGAAGAUGGCACUGGAGAAUAAAGGAUUGGCCCGUCGGAUUUAUCCUGACUCUGAUGCAGCUUUACAGCUUCAGGGGUUUUAUGACGAGGUGUCAAAUCCCGUUCUCAUAGAUGUGGAGUUAAACUACCCAGAAAAUGAAAUAUCAGACCUGACUAAAAACAGUUUUAAGCAUUUCUAUGAUGGGUCUGAGAUUGUGGUUGCUGGGCGUUUCAUAGACAGCCACCAAAACAGUUUGACUGUAGAUGUGAUAGGUGAAGGCGCUAAUGAUGCUCUGUCCUACACUACACAACAAGAUGCUGAGCAAACAGCUAAAGCUUUCCAAGAACAGCAAUACAUAUUUGGAGACUACAUUGAAAGGCUCUGGGCUUAUCUCACCAUUGAGCAACUCCUGGAAAAGCGUGUUGCAGCUACAGGAGAAGAAAAAGACAAUCUGACAGCUGAAGCCCUGGAUCUCUCACUAAAAUACAAGUUUGUAACACCACUGACAUCCAUGGUGGUAACAAAGCCAGAAGACUAUGACAAUCAAGAUGGGCUUGCAGACAAACCCAUUGAAGGUAUCAGCAUUUUCACUAUUUCACAGGCUAUCAGAGGUUCUCUAGCUCAACAAGUAGCUUCCUCAUAUAUACCCUCCAUGUGGUAUACUAGUGUUGAUGGAGAUCCACACUUCAUUGUAUCAGUGCCACAAAAAAAGGAUGCCAUUUGCUUCAACAUCAAUGAAAAUCCAGGUGCUGUUUUAAGUUUAAUAAGUGACCCAGUUACAGGGAUCACAGUCAAUGGAGAACUCAUUGGUGAUAAGAGACCAAGUAGUGAUGCAAAGAUCCAAAACACAUAUUUUGGAAAACUUGGCAUUGCCAAUAAGCACCUGGAUUUAAAACUGACAGUAACUCCUGAGAAGAUCACAAUUCAGAAUGGCAAUGAAAAAACAGGUUUCAGCUGGCUUGACUCAGUCACCUUGCAGCAGGAAGGUUUAACAUUGAUAAUUAACAGAAAUAAAAAUCUGGUGGUCAAAAUGGGCGACAGUGCCUCAUUUGUUAUUGUUUUGCACCAAGUAUGGAAGAAACAUCCUCUCCACCAAGACUUCUUGGGACUGUAUACACUGCAAGGCGAUAAAUUGUCUGCACAGACCCAUGGAUUAUUAGGACAGUUUUUCCACCCCAUUGAUUUCACCAUACUUGAAAUUCAUCCUGGAUCUGAUCCCAAGAAACCAGAUGCCACAAUGAUUGUUAAAAACAAUGAACUGACAGUAACAAGGGGCUGGCAGAAGGAUUUCAAGAGAGAUCCUGUGCACGGUGUGGAUAUUCCUUGUUGGUUUGUUCAUAACAAUGGAGCUGGGCUGAUCGAUGGUGUUCACACGGACUACAUUGUUUCCAGUCUGUUUUAAGCAUCUAUAGCUUGCUGAGUAUGCAGAGUAUGUGACUGAAAGAGGAGCAGUUUUCAGUGUUAAACAAGUAUUACCCAUACAUGAGCUCACCAUGUUUUGCUCUGCCAAGAUACGAUGGAUUCUCACAGAGUUUUACAGCAUGUUCCAUCAAAUCUUAGGUGGUAAAUGGCUGUUCCGCUUGUGUGCACAGAUAUCAUUCAUCUCCUGAAAUAUCCUCAUUUCGAUGAAUUAAUUUACUAGCUUUAAAAGUAGGAGUUAAAAUUUGACUUUGUCACACUUAACAGAGACAUUCUACCCAGACAUAAAUCAACAACCAAAUGUCAGGAGUGAUUUAAAUAAAAACCCCACUACUUA